AUGAAGCUUUUCUUUAAACUUUCCCAUUGUGAAUUUGGUUCUAGCCAUAUCAACAAGGACUUGAUCAUGGAGCAGGGCAGGGAGGCCUGCUUCUCCUGUGAGGAGUCCUUCAUGACUGAUUAUAAGAUGAUGAUGACUAUGGGUGGUGGACAUUUUUCUGAGGUGAAACUGGUCUUCCAUGUCCCUACUGUAACCUGUUUGACUAUAAUAGUUCUUCGAAUGAAGAAGAACGCCUCGCUUGUUGCCAAUGAAGUCAGCAUCAUGAAAUCUCUCCAGCAUCCGAACAUCAUCAAGUUUUUUCAUGUGGUCCAAUCCAGAGACACCACCUACUUAGUGAUAGAGCACACAUCACAGGGAGAUCUUCUUCGGCACAUUCUGGAACUGGGGUCCUUAAAGGAGAGCGAGGCACGAAGGCUAUUUACCCAGAUUCUCCUUGCAAUGCAGCACUGCCAUAACAACCAUAUUGCCCAUAGAGACAUUAAGGCCAAUAACAUACUACUCGACUGCAGGGGUAACGCCAAGUUGUGUGAUUUUGGCCUUGCUAUUAAAGUGACCCCAGGGCAGAAGCUGAGGGAUAUCUGGGGGACUCUGCUCUACUGUGCCCCGGAACUCUUGGUAGAGAAUGCCUAUGAUGGCUGUGCCAGUGGUAUUUGGAGUUUAGGUGUGCUCCUCUUCCUCAUUGUGGUCAGGUGCUUUCCCUUUGGGGCUAGCUCUUCUGAAGGUGUGAGGCGUCAGAUCCUGGCUGCAAACUUCACAAUACGUGAGCACAUUUCCAUAGAUAUUUUCAAUGUCAUCAUCGAAAUGCUGAUGAUCAACCCGGACAGGAGGCCCACUAUUGACAAAAUCAUGAGGCACCCCAUGAUCUGGGAGAGUAAUAGGCAUUCACCACCUAUUUCCACACAGAAACACCCUGGCACCGUGAGCCCUGGCAUUGUCAGCACCAUGACAGUCAUGGGGUAUAAGUCUGAGGAAAUCAUUGAUUCUCUGAGGGACCAAAACUACAACCAGGUAAUGGCCACCUACCUGAUUCUCCAACACCAGUCUCCUGGAGGAGACUGCAUCCAUCAGCAGGUGAAACCCAUGCAGCCAGGCCAUGUCCUCAAACUGGCAGAUCUUCAGGCCUUCCCUGUGCCGCGAAGGAGAGCUACUGAGCCUGCUUCCCUGAACUUCACCUUGCCAUCUAAACCCCAGGAGAAGGAAGCGCACCAGAACCAUCAUCAUGCUCUUUUCCUCAUGUGCAGCAGUGAGGAAAUGAGUGAGGACUUCUCUGAUUCCAAGAUCGGGUCAAGUGGCUGCCUGAUGGCCAGUGUCCUGCCAUCUCUCUUUAUGGACAUUGCUUCUUCUAGGGCAUGGGACAGGAAGAUCACAUGGGACAUAGGAAACAUAUCUUCCUGCAGUAACCAAGAGGAACUCUGGAGCUCUGUGAAGACAGCUCAGAGUAUAACCCCCAGAGUCUCCUUCUCUGGGGAUACGUUCUGGGUAGACACCAUCACACAAGAAGAAGACUUUAGUAAGGAAGAGAACAUCACCAAGGAAGAGGCCAUGAAUGAGAAAGAUAUCAUCACACAAAAACCAACAAUAACCCAGGAAGAGUCUGUCACAGAGGAAGUGACCAUUAACCAGGGAGAAGAUAUCACACAGGAAGCAACCAUAACCCAGGAAGAGGACAUGGCACCUGAAGUGACCAUGACUCUGGAUGAGACCAGGACAGAGGAAGUGACCACGGCUGAUGGAGUGAUCAUGGCUCAGACUGAGACCCUCACAGAGGAAGAGACCCUCACGGAGCAUGAAGACAUCAUUCAGAAAGCUACCAUCAUUCUGGAAGUGAAAAUGAACCAGUUAGUGACCCUGACUCGGGAAGAUAGCAUCACACAGGAGGAGGCCAUCACCCAUGGCCAGCCUGAGGAUGCUGGCCCAGCUUCUACCCAUAACCAGAGGAUCCCCAGCUGGAAGAGGGUCAAGAAAAUUUUGGUGAGCUGCUUCAGACACCUGUUCUGCUGCCUGCCACCUGUCAAGAGAAGACGCACCUCUUGA